GCCUGACUUAGCUAUUUACGGUAUAUUCCAUACCUCACAGGAACAUGGAUGUAUGGAAUCGGAGCAAUUGUGCAUGAGCGCAAGACAUGCCCGAGCACGAUACUGCCCUUCAGAAGGAUGGUACGGGACAGACUUGCAGCGAAUACAAAGUUCAAGUCAAUAGGAACGUCACGUUUGCCGGCGGCAAUUGCUUUUCCCCUCAUACCACCACCUUCACUGCGCCCUCUGGCUCCGUAUCCUGUCUGCGACGGCCGUCCUUGCAGCAGCGGCGCCGAAGCAAAAGACAGACAUUUUCAUCCCUGUUUGAGUAUAAAUUGCCGACAGGAAAGUGCCGUGCCGGUUCCUGCCUGCCAGGUUCAAAGUUGUCACCUACCAACCGCCACGGGAGAAUGCUAGAGCCAGAUUCGACCGCAUCCACUUCGCUCGGCGAUGAGAUCCUCGUCCCACCGCCGAAACAGAAACGGUCCAGCGUAGCUUGCAGACGAUGCCGUCGUCUCCGAGCAAAGUGCGUCAAAGACGAAGAGAAAGGUCGAUGUCGCGGCUGCAUCGAAGCAGGCGUGCCUAAUGAAUGCCAGUUUUUGCCGCGAGGCAUGAGUGCCAUCGACAGAGCCCCCCGACCCCCCCAGAAUCGAAAGCGGCAGACACGCCCCAAGGAUCUUGAUGGAGGACGCCAUACCGAUGGCUAUGAUGGCGCGAAGGCGGGACCGCUGUCCCCUCAGAGCCCUGUUGAACGGUUUUGCGAUAACUGUUCACAAUCCUUGACCUCAAAAUCGUCUUCCCACCAGGAUCUGCUCCCUCCUCACGAAGAACUCGUCGAAGCGUGCGAAUGGUUCUUUUCAACCUAUUUUCAGCUAGGUUUCCUCCACAAGCCGACUUUUAUGCACACGCUGCAAACUUCCCCGCAGUCUCUGAGCACCUUUCUCCUCCUUUCGAUGCUUUCAGUCUCGGCGCGAUUCACUCCUACCCUGAUACAGCGGUUUUCAACACCUGUCAAUGCAGCCAACACCUUUGCAAAGCGUGCACAAUCGUUGGUUGGCCAGGAAUUGCUGGCCGCGGCAUCGCUUGAUCGGGCCCAGGCGUUCUUCUUGUGCAGCAUAUGGAACUGGGGAAGUGGAUUUCGGGAUCGUAGCUGGAUCUUUCUCGGCAUCGCUGCACGGAUGGCUUCCGUCCUCCGACUUUCGCAGGAAGAGUCCUUUGACCUCGGCCCUGAUGCGACAGUGGAACAGAUCAUUAACGCCGAAGUAUCUCGGCGGACGUGGUGGGUAAUCUUCAUGAGCGACAAUCUGUUGAGCUCCGGAUGUGGGCGGCCCAUAUCAUUUGACCUAGACAAGGUGACGAUCCCACUGCCCUGCGAUGAGGAUCACUUCACUUUUGGAUACAAUGGACCAGCAACGGUAAUGGAAGGUACCCAUGCGCGACCGCGACUAGCGCCGCAGUCACGCUUCCCCAUUGACCCACAAUUGAGCAGCGAAAUUGCAGACACUAGUGCAACGAACGUCAAUGGUGGUGAACGGUCGCUCUAUGGUAACUUGGUCAUAAUCGCCGACAUCUGGGCUCGAGUAGCAAGAGGUACAUUGCUGAGAUCAAAAGCUGGACCUACGAUAGCUCCAUGGCGAAGUGAAAGUGAUUACUUUAAGCUGGCCACCGAGUUGCAGAACUGGGAAAAUAAGCUGUCCAAUAGACAGACGUGGUCACUGUCGAAUCUUCUAGCUUAUCAGAGCAAGAGUUUGGACCUGGGUUACCGAUGCAUUUUCUUAAUCAUGCACUUGUCACACAUCGUGCUGCGUCGGUCAUAUCUACCAAUGAUGGCCCGGGACGUCCAUUCGUCAACGAUUAAUCCUUCUAACUAUCGAUCUGAAGUGGCACCUCCGAGAUUUUGGGAGAACGUUGUUCACGAAAUGUUCGCCCAUGCACUUAAAGUCAUCGAGCUCGUAAAGAGUUGGGUGCCAACUAUGCCUUUUACUAGAGGCUCGACGCCAAUGAUGGGCUUUGCUAUUUACAUGUCGGGGUCUGUGUUAUCAUACCUCAAGCGUUGGACUUGGCUUUGCCCUCCAUUAGCCGAGUACUCCGGAACUGCUAUCCAGGAUGCGUUAGCACUUCUAUUGGAGUUGUCGGUAGUCUGGCCCACAAUGGCAGAUCGAUGGCAUUCUAGCCUAAAGGAGGCAUCUUGUGCCAUUCCAGCUCGCCAUGAAAAUCCGCAUCGGCAGGUCGAAGGCUUUGGGUCUGCCGCGGAAGAGGACCUGAGCACCGACGAUAGAGAGGGUAUGUACAGACACAAAUACCGGGGCACCUUGGAGGAAGCCGGAGUCCACGAGGAGCCGGUUCCGAUUCCCGAUAGCGUGCCAAAGGAGGAGACCAGUCCGAUUCCACAUCCACACGGCGCGGACAUGUUGUACUCGCUGGCGACGGCUGCGUCCCAUAGGAUGCAGCCUCCCCCACCUUCUGGGGGCGUACCAUUCGCCAAUGGCACUCAGAACGGGUCUGUCCCGGCGACCUGGGUUAACUACCAGGAAGACCUCGUCACUUUAUUCAACAAAGAUGAUCUUUCAUCGCACCUGGAAUACAGUGGUGAUGGAUGGGCAUUUUAAUGAUGAUAUAUUUAUUAUGGAUUAUACCCUUUUCUUUGUAUGGGUUGUACUUGAAUGAAUUGUAUUUGUAUUUUCGCUAACUCUAACAAUUGUUUCGAAUGGUUCAGAUUCUAUUCAGCUUUUCUGCAAGUUCCUUGCAAUCUUCUCUCUGGCUCGGUCAGGAUGUCUAGAUCUGCACAGGAAGGAUAUCCUGCAUCGGACAGUGAAAAGUGACAUGUUCCCU